AUGGAAAAGGAACGAGAAAGACAGAAAGAAUAUGAAGAACGACAUGGAAAACAACAAUCAUUCUCCUAUAACAAACUCUAUUUUGCAGCUUUGGAAGAAGAAAAGGAGAAAAAACUCCAAGAAGAACGAGAGCGAGAAAGAAAGAAACAACUAUUAGAUCAUCAAAGAGAAUAUGCAGAAAAACUCAGAAAAGUGAAAAUCAAGAUUGACGAGAAGAAACGAAAUGAAAUUGAACAGCGAAUUCAACUCAGCAAGAAAAAACUUACCAACAAUGUUGUUACCAAUUUAGCUAAGGCUCUUCCAUCAGAGGAUCCAAACCACGGCGAGAGUGACAACAAACGAGGGCGAGACUCUCCUCAUACAGUUCCAAAAAAGAAGAAGAGGACCAAGCUUCCCUCAAUAGAAAAAAAGAACACCAAAGCUUCUUCGAGUGAAAACAUUAAUAGAGACCCAAAAAAUUUGGGAAACGAAUAUCUUCGAGAAUUUAAAAAGAAAGCCAAGAAGAAUGGUAAGAAAGCUCAAGAAAGAAAAAAGGAGGAAGAAAUCGAGGAGCUCAAGAAAAAAAUAGAAAAGAUGGAACGGAAAGCCGAGCAGGUUCUUUACAAGGACUCCAUUGAUGAUGACGAGUCAGGAGCCAUCACAGAAGCAUUGCGUUCGAAACUUGAGUUGUAUCAAAAGUUUGUGAAUCAAGAAUAA